UCUAUCUACGGUUGACCCAAUCGAAUUUUGAACCAUGUUGCCGAUCUUAGAUCGGUUUAAACGAUAACAAGCCCGGUUUGUUUCAGUCGUGGCAGAGAACAAUGGAGAUGGAGAUGAGGGCGAGCCAAGACAUAGGGCUUGGCCAAGACAUAACUCCUCCUCUAGUCCCCUUCUCCUUCUCCCUCUACGAUUCCUUCCUCUCUUCCCACUGCUCCUCCUGCUUCUCUCCUCUCCCGCCCUCUCCCUCUCCCUCUCCUCUUACCCCCCAUCUCCCCCACUACUGCUCCCCCGCAUGCUCUUCCCAUGAUUCUCACCUCCACCUCUCCACUGCCCAUCCUCUCUCCUCCGACUGUCCCGACUAUGCCGACCUCCGUACUGCCCUGCGCCUUCUGCACUUCGCCACCUCCGCCUCUUCCCGUUGUUACGACCGGGUUCUGGGCCUACUCACCAACAGGGAUAAGUUGAUGUCUUCCCCCGAGUUUGCCUGCAAGAUUACGAAUGGGGCCAGGGUGAUCGCGGCCUCCCGGAGAUUGCGGGAUGUAAGGGUGGGAGAAACCAGUGACUUGUCGCUGGAGGAGGCAGUACUGUGCUUGGUCAUAACGAAUUCCGUGGAGGUGCAGGAUAGUGGAGGGCGUUCCUUAGGGAUUGCUGUGUAUGGUCCGGGCUUUUCUUGGAUCAAUCACAGUUGUUCCCCCAAUGCUUGUUACCGGUUUCUUAUCUUGCCGCCCAAUGCUCUGUCGCCUCCUGGGGAUUCCAAGUUAAAAAUGGUUCCCGGUGUUGCUGGGAACCAAGAACUGCAAGGAGAGAGUGGUGUUUGUAGCAGUAGUGGUUACAUACAAGGGAAUGGAGGGUAUGGUCCGAGGUUGAUUGUUAGGAGCAUUAAGAGGAUUAAGCAAGGGGAGGAUGUGACUGUAUCAUACACUGAUUUGCUGCAACCAAAAGCAAUGAGGCAGUCAGACUUGUGGUCUAAGUAUCAAUUUUUAUGUUCCUGUAGGCGAUGUGCUGCAUCACCUCCAGCAUAUGUUGAUCGUGCUUUAGAGGAAAUUUCUGCUUCCAAAAUGGAAAUUUCAAACUUGAGCUCUGCUGAAAACAUUGACAGAGACAAGAUAACUAGAAAGUUGACCAAUUACAUGGACGAAACUAUAACCAAGUAUCUUUCUGAGGGUGAUCCUGAAUCUUGCUGUGAGAAGCUUGAGAACGUUCUAAAUCUAGGUCUUCCAAUUGAGGAGUUAAAUUUCAAGUUGCAUCCCCUGCACCAUCUUGCUCUCAAUUCAUAUACAACACUUGCUUCUGCAUACAAAGUCCGUUCAAGUGACUUGUUAGCUCUUAUUUUAGAGACUGAUAAACAUCACAUGGAAGCUUUUGACAUGAGUAGGGCAAGUGCAGCAUACUCCCUUUUGCUUGCUGGCGCAACUCACCAUCUAUUUUGUUCAGAGUCUUCUCUGAUUGCUUCAGCAGCAAAUUACUGGGCAAGUGCUGGUGACUCCUUGAUAACUCUUGCUAAAAGCUCUUCAUGGAAUUUGUUUGUAAAGUCAAGGUUGCCUAUUUCAGCCCUUUCAAAGCAUAAAUGCUUCAAGUGCUCAUUGGUUGAUAUCUUUGAUGCCAACUUAAUACUUAGGCAAGGCAAACCCACAGAUUUCAAGAAUGUAUCUAGUAAGUUUCUUGAUUGUAUAGCUGACAUGAGCCCAAAGAUUUGGGGUUUCCUGGUUCAUGGCAUCCAUCACUUAGAAAUAUUCCAAGAUCCCAUUGAUUUCAGCUGGGUUGGGAACAUAUCCGGUUUUGAAACUCAUAUAGAUAUCGAUGAUGAUUCAAAUUUAAUGACCAAGGAAAGUAACUCUAGACGUGAUGAGGCACAGGAGUAUACUAACCAGGGAAGAUUGAUCCUAUACCAGCUGGGUGUUCAUUGCUUGCUAUAUGCAGCAUUUUUAGCUGAUAUUUGUUAUGGUCAGAAUUCCUACUUAGCUAGCCACAUUCUGAACAUUCUAUGUGAUGUACAUUGAUUUGUUUGACAAAUUAAAUUCUGGAUUGUAGUUGUAUGAAUUGCUGUACUUUCAUAAUGUCAUCU